AUGUCCGCUGAACUACAGGCACUACAAGAUAACUCCACUUGGACUCUUGAGCAUCUUCCACCUGGUAAGAAACCCAUUGGAUGUAAAUGGGUUUUCAAAACCAAACUCAAAGCCGAUGGAUCCAUUGAAAGGUAUAAAGCCCGACUGGUUGCCAAGGGCUACACUCAAGUUGAAGGUCUUGACUAUCAUGAGACUUUUGCUCCGGUUGCCAAAAUGACCACCGUCCGCUGCUUAUUGGCAAUCGCUGCUACAAAAAAUUGGAUCAUUCAUCAACUCGACGUCAACAAUGCCUUUUUGCACGGUGAUCUUGAUGAAUAA